CAUAUUAAUUAUCACCUCUUGCCUCAAGAAUGGUGUUUGACUUGGUAUUAACUACAGAAAAGGUUUGAUCUCAACGAAUAGGAAAGGCUCAGUCAAUUCAUCACUCUCCGCCAAACCCAUGAAUCAAAAACCAGGCUGUUUGUCCGUUUCAUUCUCAAUUCCAUUGGAUCUUCCAUUUGUUGAUGGAGAAGCUUUUCCUUAGCCCUUUUUUGCUGUUGUUUUACACAAAUCAAGUGGGGUUUCUCCCUUUAUUCUCAUCUUCCCCUUUACCCUUCUACUCAUUCACCUUUGCUUGUCUUCAACGUUGGGUUGCCCCGUGAAAAACCAAUCUAUUUGAGAAUUUUAGGGUGUUUGUAACAAAACCCAGAAGGGGAUUUGGGGGAUUUGGGGGAUUUGUUACAGAUGCUCUGCGAAUGGGGAAAGUGGAGGAGCGAAAUCUGCCGGUGCAGCAGCGUCGUGAGGUGGCUCACUCUUCUGGGUGUCUUUGUGGUGAAUGUUCGAUUUGUUUUGAUAGAGUUUGUAAGGAGUUGAAUUUCAAGUGUUUGUUGGUUUUGGUUUUGGGGUUUGUGGUGUUUGUGCCUGGAUUCUUUUGGCUUCUUCCUUUUCAUGAAAGAAAUUCAGGGUUUGAAGCGAAAGACGCCAUUAAACUCAGUGCCACAGUUCACGUGUAUUUUGUUCUUGAGAAGCCUGUGAAGGAGCUUCUCCCUCAUAUCAAGAGAUUAGAGUUUGAUAUCAAUGGUGAACUAGACAUUCCUAAUGUCAAGGUUGCCAUUCUAUCCAUGCACGACGUAGGCGAGUCGAACAGGACAUACGUGGUUUUCGGUCUUCUUUCUGAAUACUUAACUGCUCCAAUAAAUCCAGUGUCCUUAAGUCUGCUGAGAUCGUAUUUAUAUGACCUUUACCUUCGCGAGUCGAACCUUACUUUGACGACAUCGAUUUUUGGACAGCCAUCAGUAUUCGAAAUCCUGAGGUUUCCUGGGGGAAUCUCUAUAAUCCCAUUUCAACAUGCUUCAAUAUGGCAGUUCCCCCAGAUUGUGUUUAACUUCACUCUUACGAACUCUAUUUCUGAAAUACUCGACAAAUUCGUCGAGUUCAGGAACGAGGUGAAGCUUGGAUUGCAUCUGAGGCGCUACGAGAAUGUGUAUUUUCAAAUAACAAACACAAUUGGCUCGACGAUGCAACCGCUCGUAGUUGUUCAAGCUUCUAUUUCUUCGGAGUUGGGGCGCAUGACAUCACAGAGAUUAAAGCAGUUGGCUGCAAUCAUCAACGCCUCUCCCAAACGAAAUCUCGGCCUUGAUUACUCGGUCUUCGGAGAAGUCGAAAGUGUCAGUUUGUCUUCGUAUCUGAGGAGAACCUCUAAGGCAAUACCACCUACUCUUCCUCCAGCUCCUGCCCCAGCUCCUGGUGAUCAUGUAGAACUACAGAUUGCUCCACAUCGUUCAAGGUCAUCGUCCCAUGGUCUUGCGCCCCGACGACAUGUAAAUCGUUACCCACCUCGUUCUUCUCCGGCUCCUGCACAUUCCUCUCGUGGACAUUCAAUACCUCCAAUCUCCUAUCCGAAGUCUACAAGUCUAAUUGUUCCUCCGGCCGAUCAACCUGGGGUUUCUUCGUCGUUGCCCCCUGAUCUGUUACCUAAACCGAAGCCUUCUUUUCGGUCCGAAUCAGGGCAGACAAAGGAAGAUGUCCAUAGAGUUUGGCCGCCGCCCAUUGAUUCGUCUCGUCCAGAUCAAGUAAGUUUUGACAUACUUUGUUAGAUCAUAAAGCUGAAGGCAUGUACAGUUGCCUUUGUAUCUAUCAGAGCUCCAACUCAUUCAUUUCUCAUGUUUGUAGGACUGAAUAUCUCAGGGCUCCAUCACUCUCCUUCAUCUUGGCAUAUCCAUAUCAUCACACAGUCAUCUGAAGAACACCAAUGAUACAAAAGACGUCGGGUUGGAGCGGAUCGGGUACUCAUUUUUGGUUCUACGAGCAACAGAAGGCGCCUCUGCAAACAUUUCUAACAACAAACAGGUGUUUUCCUCCCAAAAAGGAGAGUGUUAAGUGUAGAUAGGGAAUGGGGAUGUUGUUUUCCAAAGGGGAAGCAAGUCCAGUAGGUGUAGGGUGUUCUAAAACAUAUAAUUAUGAGAUGGGAUUUUGCAGAUCUCAAGAGGAACCGAAUAGUAAGCUGUAGAGUUCUGAAAAUAAGGUUCCUUUUGACUCUCUGCAAUUUCUAUACACACAAUGUUACAACAAAUUUAAUAAGCAAAAUAUGUUAGUUCAUGUUUUCGUGGUUUUAAAAUGUGUCAACUAAGAAAAAGUUUUUAUACUCUUAUAAAGAAUGCUUCUCAUUA